AUGGACAGUCUUUAUUUGUAUUUCCCAGUUCUCUUCUUUGUUCUUUAUAUCAUCAGCUAUCAUUUUCUUCACAAGCUACAAAAUCUUCCCCCUAGCCCAUUUCCAGUACUACCUUUUAUUGGCCAUCUCUACUUAUUGGGUAAACCUUUCCAUAGAGCUUUAUUCAAAGUCUCGAAUCGUUAUGGUUCAGUAGUGUUUCUUCAAUUUGGCUCUCGUCCUGUCCUCCUCGUUUCAUCACCUUCAGCAGCGGAAGAAUGUUUUACUAAAAAUGAUAUCAUCUUUGCCAAUCGUCCUGAUUUUCUUAGUGGUAAGCAUUUCGGGUACAAUUUUACUAGCCUUGCCUGGUCUUCCUAUGGAGAGCACUGGAGAAAUCUUCGAAGAAUUUCCUCCAUUGAAGUUUUAUCUUCCUAUAGAAUCCAGACACUAUCUAGCAUCCGUUCUGAUGAAAUAAACUACCUGAUUCGUAGACUCUUUAGAGUCUCCAUAGAGGGUUCGGAAAAAAUUGUGGAGAUUAAAUCAUCGCUUUUUAACUUCACAUUCAAUGUGCUAUCGAGAAUGAUUGCAGGGAAAAGGUACUAUGGAGAGAAAGUAGAGAACUCAAAAGAAGCUAAGCUAUUCCAGGAUAUAUCAAAGGCUACAAUAACAACAAUUCCAAAGGCUAAUAUUUUGGAUUUCUUGCCAUUUAUGAGGUGGUUUGGUUUGCAUGAUGUUGAGGAGAAGAUGAUGGAACUACAGAAGAAGAGAGAUAACUUUAUGCAAAAGGAAAUAGACGAGCAUCGUCGAUUAAAGACCAAUGGUUCUUUUCCUUCAGCAGAGGUUGUGGCAGGGAAGAAAAAAAUUAUCAUGGAAGUUUUGUUAGAUUUACAGAAAACAGACCCCGAAUACUACACAGAUGAAACAAUUAGAAGCCUAAUGUUGGUCCUACUCCAAGCUGGAUCAGAUACUUCAGCUGUAACACUAGAAUGGGCUUUUUCACACUUGCUUGACAAUCCAGAAAUUUUAAAGACAGCACAGACGGAAAUUGACAAUAAGGUUGGACAAGACCGCCUAAUUGAUGAAUCCGAUUUGGCUCAGCUUCCUUACAUCCGAUGCAUCAUCAAUGAGACAUUGCGGAUGCAUCCAGCAGCCCCUUUACUUGUGCCUCAUCUUUCAUCAGAAGAGUGCAAGGUUGCAGGCUAUCGAGUUCCGCGUGGAACAGUCCUAUUAGUGAAUGCAUGGGGGAUACAUCAUGACCCUAAGGUAUGGAAGGAGCCACAAAAGUUCAAUCCUGAUAGAUUUUUAGGAUUUGAAGGUGUCAAAGAGGGCUGCAAGUUUAUUCCAUUUGGAUCAGGAAGGAGGGGUUGCCCUGGGGAGAACCUAGCAAUUCAUGUCAUUGGAUUGGCACUAGGCUCACUUCUUCAAUGCUUUGAGUGGGAUAAACCCAAUAGGGAGAUCAUCGAUAUGAGUGAAGGCACUGGAUUCACACUUUCACCAAAGGUUCAGCCGCUAUUGGCAAAAUGUUCUCCACGACCACACAUGGUUAAACUUCUUUCUGAAAUCUGAUCCUAAACAAGAUUCUAAUAAUGUAUGCCAUUACUUCCACAUGAAUAACUUAGAAAGUUUAAGAUCCAAUUUUCUUAUUCUGUCACUCAGCGAUGAAACCUUAUAAUAUUAAGUACAAAAAACAAAGAGGAAUCGUGAGGGAAGAAGAGCAAAUCAUUUUUUGAAGCAAGAAUAUAGCAAAGCAUAAGGAAUACCUUAUAGCAUAAGUUCCAUAAUGGUGACUAUAGUACUGCAGAUGAUUCAGUUGUUAACAGAACAUAUUGAUUCUUGGAGCUAACAUUAUAACCCGAUCUUUCAUCAAACAGAUAGUAUGCAUGUUUAAACUCACAACUCGUAUCAGAUUAUCAAUAAUAGCAAAGCUUCUCUAA